AUGAUGAAUUAUUAAAUCAUGUUAUUUGUAUCGAUGAUACAAAGUUGCGCAUAUUCAUUCAUGCAUCGUUAGAUACAAAGUUGUUUGAAAUUCUUCUUAUGAUAUGAAUUGAUAAGUAACCAAAUCAUAUUGAAUUGUGAAUGGUAAGAUUCUAAUAACUAUGAUCGAGACGAUAAACAAACAACGCCCUCAAAGCAGUGCUACUUCUACUUCAUUGGUUAUCUUUACAUCUGCACUUACUAUCAGCUUUCUUAACAGUUAAUCGUUUUUUCUUCCUGUGUCCAUUCACCUAGAUUUCAAAUUCUGUAAUCACUAUUCUAUUAGUCUGAGAUUUUCUAUUCUCAUCUUGUGUAUAUGUUGAAGCAUUAUGCUGAUUAGAUGUCCAUAUAGCUGUGGAAAAGGGAUUAUUGAACGGAGAUUUACACUUAUUUUAGUCUAAUAAACCAUAGAAUGCCACAACCAUGGCUGUUAUAUUAACUAAGACAGGAACUUGAAAUGAUUCAGACUGCAUGACUACACAGACCUGAAGUAGGAUAACAGCACACACAUUUAUUCAUACGAAGAUUACAUUAUUUGGAUAUUUGUAUUGCCAAACACAUGGCAAUUACAUUUUCAUACAUAUUCCUUAAUGGCCACAGGUGCAGUCCGUGCAAGUGCAGUUAGUGCCACACUUGCACUUCCCAUCAUGCUCAGCUGCUGGAACAUCCAUGACAACAGUCUCGAUGUAACUCUUCUCAGUCUCUACAAUAACACCAUAGCUGUUUCCCUUGGUGCAGCUAGUCUUGUCAGCGCAGUCGCAGUUGCCGCAUGUGUUCGACAUGUUUGGUUUUGAGGAAGAAAGCAAAACACAAGGAAU